UACCAUUCUGUCUCUCAUCCCACCACACGCGACUCAUUUUUCGGUUGUCGAUUUGGCUAACGCAUUUUUCUCUGUGCCCGUCCAUCCUGAAAGUCAAUAUUGGUUUGCAUUCACCUUUCAGGGGCGUAGCUACACCUGGACCAGAUGCGCACAAGGGUACUCGGAAAGUCCAACAUACUUUCAUCAGCAGCUGAACCUAAAUUUGCAAAAUUUUGAAUUUCCAUCAGGUUCUGUCUUGUUGACUUAUGUAGACGACAUUAUGGUGGCCAGCCCCUCAGAGGAGGCAUGCAAAACAGACACAGUGGCCCUACUAACAUUUCUGGCAAACAGCGGUCACAAAGCCAGCCUGUCUAAAUUGCAAUUUGCUCAGACAAAAGUAACAUACCUGGGACAUGUGAUCACAGCAGAGGGCAAAUCUCUCUCUCCCAAACGAAUUGCGGCAAUUCAAAAUGUUCCUAAGCCACUAACAAAGAAGCAUGUGUUGAGUUUCCUACGGAAUGACGUCAUUUUGCGACAGUGGAUCCCUAAACUAUUCGAGCGAGAGGCACCCCUCUCAGCUACGGUCCAUGGUAAGAAAUUGACAGCCCACGGCAAAAUUACAUGGACCCCAGAAGCAGAAAAGGCCUUUGCAGAUUUGAAAAGUGCACUCAUAAAUGCUCCAACACUCGAUUCACCAAAUUCAAACAAGCCAUUUGUACAGUUCAUUGAUCAAAAGGGUGGUUAUGCCACUUCUGUCCUUUGCCAAAAACAUGGGGACAAACUCAGACCUGUUGCUUAUUUCUCUACAAAACUGGAUCCAGUAGCAACAGGCCUCCCUCCCUGCCUUAGAGCUGUAGCAGCCGCAGAAAAGGCAGUGAUAGCCUCUAGAGAUUUAGUAGGCUAUUCUGAGCUCAUACUCAUGGUACCACACGCUAUAGCUCACAUUUUGCACACACAAAAGACAUCACACUUGUCUGCGCAGCGCUGGUUGAGUCCAACAUUUGUUUUGGAAAUGCCUAUGUUCACUGGAAACGCUGCUGCAGAUGUAGCAGCAAAAGCUGCUGCUGUGAAGGGUGACAUGUUUCACAUCCUCUUUUCCUCCUCACAGCCUGACGUGAAAGCUGUAUUGCCCACGCCAGCUGACACGCCACAGCACAACUUCAAGCCUGGUGACUGGGUGGUGAUCAAAGACUUCAGGAGAAAACACUGGAAGCAGCGGCGGUUCCAAGGGCCGUUCCAGGUCCUCCUCAUCACCCAGACCGCCGUAAAGGUCGCUG